CCUUGUCAGAAAAACUUCUUUUUUAAAACUUUCAACCGCCUACUAUCAGUUUAUUAGGCAAAUAACAAUUUACUUACUCAAGAAGUAACUUUAUGUAUAUUCACGCCUACGAAAAGUGCUCAGCCGAUUAUAUUUGCGAUCAAAUUUGGAAAUCAUCUACCAACAACCUUUAAACAACUCAACUCUUUCUUUAUAACAAGCUUAUAACAAAAAAAAAAGAAAAAAAGAAAAAACUCAACCUAACUAAAUUUAUAUAACAAAGAAAAAAACCAACUUUUUUUUUCUAUCUCUCUCUCUACUUAUCAACACAAACUCUUCAAUAACAUGCCUAGCACUAUUAACAACUCUCCUCUUCCUGCUUCUCUCAAGUUGAAGACUGGUCAAAUCUUCACUGGUACCUCAUUCGGUGCCCCUGUCUCCACCUUUGGUGAAGCUGUAUUCACUACUUCCCUUGUCGGUUAUCCCGAAUCUAUGACUGAUCCCUCUUACACUGGUCAAAUCUUGGUCUUUACCCAACCUUUGAUUGGUAACUACGGUGUUCCUGGUCAAGAUAAGGAUGAAUUCGGUCUUUACAAGUAUUUCGAAUCUGAUAGUAUCCAAGUCCAAGGUAUCAUUGUCAAUGACUAUGCUACUGAGUACUCUCACUGGACUGCUGUCGAAUCUCUUAGUCAAUGGUGUGUUCGUUACAAUGUCCCUGCUAUCAGUGGUGUCGACACUCGUGCCUUGACCCAACUUUUGCGUGAUCAAGGUUCUACCUUGGGUCAAAUCUGUGUUGGCCAAGACUCUCACAUUGACGAUAUUGCAUCCACCGUCUUCCCUAACCCUAACAACGACAACUUGGUUGCCAAGGUUUCCACCAAGGUUCCUCUCAACUACAACCCUAAGGGUGAUGUCAAGAUCGCUGUUAUUGAUUGUGGUGUCAAGCAAAACAUUCUUCGUUGUCUCGCUAGCCGUGGCGCUGCUGUCACUGUCUUACCCCAUGACUAUGACUUCAACUCUGUGGCUCAUCAAUUUGAUGGUAUCUUCAUCUCUAACGGACCCGGUUCCCCCACCACCUGUGUUGAGACCAUCAAGCAUCUCAAGGUUGCUCUUGAAACUUUAAACAAGCCUAUCUUUGGUAUUUGUAUGGGUAAUCUUUUACUUGGAAUGGCCGCUGGUCUUCAAGUUUACAAGUUGCCUUUCGGUAACCGUGGCCACAAUCAACCUGCUCUCAAUGUUGAUACCGGACUCUGUUACAUCACUUCUCAAAACCAUGGUUAUGCUUUAAAUGACACUGAUAUGCCUAAGCAAUGGAAGCGUCUCUUUGUCAAUGCCAACGAUGGAUCCAACGAAGGUAUUCAACAUGAGACCAAGCCUAUUUUCUCUGUCCAAUUCCAUCCCGAAGCUAAGGGUGGACCUCAAGAUACUGUCUAUUUGUUCGAAGAGUUUUUGAAGCAUGUUCGUGCUGAUAAGGUCAAGGCCGAAGGUUUUGAAGUACCUGUUCCUCAAGUACAACAAUCUGCUAUUGCAACCUUUGCCUAAAAAAAAAUUCCGCAACCCCAUCCCAAACUGAAAAAAAAACCAAAAAAAAAAAUUUAUUUUAGUUUUGUUCCUUUUUUUCUUUUGAAAUCUUUUUUUUUUCCUUAUUCCUUCUUAUUCUGCAUUUAUCCCAUUUUUUUCCCUAUCUUUUUUUUAAACUAAAUAAAAAAAUACUACAUUCUUUUUCUAAACAAAAAC